GCCUGUACUGGCGUGUUCUGAACCGACUCGGGCUUCAAAAGAUUGCUAGAAGCAACCCCGCCUCUUUGCCCGCCUCCUUGCUAGCCCUCGUCGUCACUGCAUGAAACUAAAAGGCACACUUACCGAACACGGCGCUCGACUGCUAUGGAAAAGCUUCCUCCCCACCAUCGAGAAGUUUGGCAAGUCCGUCCAGGUGCUGUUAGGCACAGAUGAGGUGCACUUCAUACAGACCAGCCUCAACACGGACGGCGUGCACGUCACGGCGCGCUUUGCCGCGGAGACGCUGUUCCACCUGGAGACCUACCGCUGCCAGAGCAAGCACUACAACCUGAUUGCCUUCCAGCUGGAGGUGGGGCUGCUGCUGCGGGUGCUCAAGGGCGCAGCAGCCACCAACGCGGAGGUGGUGGACGUGAAGCUCACCAACCGGCAGGGUGCCAGCACGCACGUGGUGCAGGACGUGCCCAUCAGCCGCCCCUACAGCGCCUCCGACGUGUCGGCGCUGGUGGCGGCCAAGGAGGUGGGCUCCUACUGCCCCGCCUACGUGGACCUGCGACCCGGGCUGGCGGCGGCGGGGGCCAUCGUGGACCGACUGAAGGCGGUGGACGACACCGCCAUGCUGGCCAUUGGGAGGGGCGGCGACGCGCACCUGCUGGUGCAGACCCCCAGUGUGGCCCUGGGCGCGCAGCUGCGGGACCUGCCCGUCUACCCGCACACCGCCUACGACCCCGCCGCACACGACCGGUCCAAGCCCGUCAGCGAGCAGCUGCAGGGGGCGCUGGACAGCGGCGCGGCAACCAGUGUGUACGUCCAGCUCAAGCAGCUAGCCCGCGUGCUGCACACCACACUGCUCACCGAGCCCUCGCAAGUGCUGUGCGGUAUCGCCGAGGGCGGCGGCCACGUGCACAUCCUGCACGUCUUCCGCGACCCGCAGCAGCAGGACUUGGUGGACGAGCAGGUCACACUGGCGUUCAAGCUGCCCGUGCGGGACGGAUGAGGGGG